GGAGGGGGGAGGAGGCCACGCGCCCCCCUCCCCGGCGCCAACUCCCCCUGGCGGCCGCUCCCAUGGGUGUCGCUGGGCCGCGCCAUGCCUAAGGGGGCGCCGCGAUGGGCCAAGGGGACGAGAGCGAGCGCAUCGUGAUCAACGUGGGCGGCACGCGCCACCAGACGUACCGCUCGACGCUGCGCACGCUGCCCGGCACGCGGCUCGCCUGGCUGGCUGAGCCCGACGCCCACAGCCACUUCGACUAUGACCCGCGUGCCGACGAGUUCUUCUUCGACCGCCACCCGGGCGUCUUCGCUCACAUCCUGAACUAUUACCGCACGGGCAAGCUGCACUGCCCGGCCGACGUGUGCGGGCCGCUCUACGAGGAGGAGCUGGCCUUCUGGGGCAUCGACGAGACCGACGUGGAGCCCUGCUGCUGGAUGACGUACCGCCAGCACCGCGACGCCGAGGAGGCGCUCGACAGCUUCGGCGGCGCGCCCCUGGACAACAGCGCCGACGACGCGGACGCCGACGGCCCCGGAGACUCGGGCGACGGUGAGGACGAACUGGAGAUGACCAAGCGCUUGGCGCUCAGUGACUCCCCGGAUGGCCGGCCGGGCGGCUUCUGGCGCCGCUGGCAGCCGCGCAUCUGGGCUCUCUUCGAGGACCCCUACUCGUCCCGCUACGCGCGGUAUGUGGCCUUUGCCUCCCUCUUCUUCAUCCUGGUCUCCAUCACCACUUUUUGCCUGGAGACCCACGAGCGCUUCAACCCCAUCGUGAACAAGACGGAGAUCGAGAACGUUCGGAACGGCACGCAGGUGCGCUACUACCGGGAAGCGGAGACGGAGGCCUUCCUCACCUACAUCGAGGGCGUCUGCGUGGUCUGGUUCACCUUCGAGUUCCUCAUGCGUGUCGUCUUCUGCCCCAACAAGGUGGAGUUCGUCAAGAACUCGCUCAACAUCAUCGACUUCGUGGCCAUCCUCCCCUUCUACCUGGAGGUGGGCCUGAGCGGGCUGUCGUCCAAGGCGGCCAAGGACGUGCUGGGCUUCCUGCGCGUCGUCCGCUUCGUGCGUAUCCUGCGCAUCUUCAAGCUGACCCGCCACUUCGUGGGCCUGCGGGUCCUGGGCCACACGCUCCGCGCCAGCACCAACGAGUUCCUGCUGCUUAUCAUCUUCCUGGCCCUGGGCGUGCUCAUCUUCGCCACCAUGAUCUACUACGCCGAGAGGAUAGGGGCGCAGCCCAACGACCCCAGCGCCAGCGAGCACACGCACUUUAAGAACAUCCCCAUCGGCUUCUGGUGGGCCGUGGUCACCAUGACGACGCUGGGCUAUGGAGACAUGUACCCGCAGACGUGGUCCGGCAUGCUGGUGGGGGCGCUGUGCGCGCUGGCGGGCGUGCUGACCAUCGCCAUGCCCGUGCCCGUCAUCGUGAACAAUUUCGGGAUGUACUACUCCUUAGCCAUGGCUAAGCAGAAACUACCAAAGAAAAAAAAGAAGCAUAUUCCACGGCCACCGCAGCUGGGAUCUCCCAAUUAUUGUAAAUCUGUCGUAAACUCUCCACACCACAGUACUCAGAGUGACACAUGUCCGCUGGCCCAGGAAGAAAUUUUAGAAAUUAACAGAGCAGAUUCCAAACUGAAUGGGGAGGUGGCGAAGGCCGCGCUGGCGAACGAAGACUGCCCCCACAUAGACCAGGCCCUCACUCCCGAUGAGGGCCUGCCCUUUACGCGUUCGGGCACCCGCGAGAGAUACGGACCCUGCUUCCUCUUAUCAACUGGGGAGUACGCGUGCCCACCUGGUGGAGGAAUGAGAAAGGAUCUUUGCAAAGAAAGCCCUGUCAUUGCUAAGUAUAUGCCGACAGAGGCUGUGAGAGUGACUUGACCAGGCGGCUUGGCCGAGGACACUGGUGGCUAUUAAGCAUCUGGGUGGACCUGCAGCCCCUCCUCACCCUCGGACAGAGUAAAUUCACGCCAUGCAGGUUUGCCGGACGAGUCCGAGUGGCCCAGGCAUUGUACUAGGACGGACGUAGCUUUUCCUACGGCCAAAUGGUAACUGACCGUAGAGGAUUUCUUUUCCUUCUUUUCAUUUUUUAAAAUUUUAUUUUAUUUGGGGAGGGGGGGUGGAGGGGUUCCUUAGCAUGACUUGCAUGAAGUUCAACAGAAAACCCAGCAAGCCAAACCCAUCAAACCCCUGCAACUGUAUGAUUACCCUAAACAACAAUAAUGAAAAGAAAAAGCAAAAGUCUUUAUUUUCUUUCAAAACUCUUUACUUUUACACACAUUGUUGGAGCCAAACUGUAACGACAUUCGGUAGAAACCUGUACAUUUCUGGGGGUGGGGGGCAAGGGGAGGAAGAACGGGGAUGGAGAAUGGGUUGUCUCCCUUUUUGUACACAAGAUCGAGAGUAAAGGUUCCAAAAAGGGCAGUCGGUCAGUCAUCGGUCAUAUUGACCUCACCUUCGUAGCUCAUCUCUCAUGCAGAAACUGAGAACUUUGCUCCAAAUAGAAUCGUGGAAACUCGCACUGCCGCCUUCUUCCCUCUCUGUUUGGCAUGCUUGUGACCCACCGGACGUCUCCCCAAGACCCCUGACAGCGGCCAGUCUAGGUCGAUUCUCUCAUCUUAUCAGUGCGUAGAUCCAGUGUGACCAACUUUCAUAACAAAUUGUUCAUAAUAAAUAAUCAACACCAUACGGAUUUUCCAAGUGUUACUUUAAAACCAGGAUGUAGAGCACCAAAAGAUCAGGACCAUGGGAGGAGCAACUCCUCCACUUUUAUUAAGACACAACCUGGCAUUGUAUGCAAUUUAGUACUUCAGAGUAAAAAACUGCAUGCCCAAUGUUAUGCAAAGCGACUCUAGCAUGAAAUAAAUUUUGUAUCAUGGUU